ACCUGUCCAGGUGCCCUGUCCAGCUGACUGUGAGGACAGAGUCCGGCCCAGCCCUUGUGGACAGUCCGCUUGGCCGAGGGGCCCCGUGGAGCUGGGGGUGGCACGGUGCCUCAGCCUGCCCUGAGGAGGCCUGGCUUAGAGCUAUGACAGGUGUCUGUGACAGGGCCCCUGACUUCCUCUCCCCAUCUGGAGAGCAGGUGCUGGGGCCCGUCCUGGGCAGUGCAGUGGCUCUGAACUGCACGGCUUGGGUUGCCUCUGGGCCCCAAUGCCCCCUGCCUUCAGUCCAGUGGCUGAAAGACGGGCUUCCACUGGGCAACGGAAGCCGCUACAGCCUCCAGGACUCCUGGGUCAAGGCCAACUUGUCCGAAGUGCUUGUGUCCAGUGUCCUGGGGGUCGACUUGACCGGUGCUGGGGACUACGGGGCCUUCACCUGCUGCAUCCGGAAUGUCAGCUCCUCCUCCUUCACUCUGCGGAGAGCUG